AUGUUUGGGAGGGGGGCACCUAAGAAGAGCGAUAAUUCAAAGUAUUAUGAGAUUCUUGGUGUGCCGAAGAAUGCCUCGCAGGACGAUCUAAAGAAAGCUUACAAGAAAGCCGCCAUUAAGAAUCAUCCCGACAAGGGAGGUGACCCUGAGAAGUUCAAGGAGCUUGCUCAAGCGUACGAGGUCUUGAGUGAUCCUGAGAAACGUGAGAUUUAUGACCAAUAUGGAGAAGAUGGUCUCAAGGAAGGAAUGGGAGGUGGUGGUAUGCAUGACCCAUUUGAUAUCUUCCAGUCUUUCUUUGGUGGGGGUCCAUUUGGAGGAGGUAGUAGCAGGGGACGAAGGCAGAGGAAGGGUGAUGAUGUAGUUCACCCUUUAAAGGUAUCCUUGGAAGACCUUUACAGUGGAACCACUAAGAAGCUCUCUUUGUCUCGCAAUAAAAUUUGUUCGAAAUGUAGUGGGAAAGGAUCGAAAUCUGGAGCUUCAAUGAAGUGUUCUGGUUGUCAAGGUACUGGCAUGAAGGUAACCAUUCGACAGCUAGGUCCUGGCAUGAUUCAGCAAAUGCAGCACCCCUGCAAUGAAUGCAAAGGAACUGGGGAGACAAUUAGUGACAAGGACCGCUGUCCUCAAUGCAAAGGUGAAAAGGUAGUUCCUGAGAAGAAAGUCUUGGAAGUUGUUGUUGAGAAGGGCAUGCAGAAUGGGCAGAAGAUUACCUUCCCAGGAGAGGCAGAUGAGGCGCCUGAAACUGUGACUGGGGAUAUAGUUUUUGUCCUCCAGCAGAAAGAGCAUCCAAAAUUUAAAAGAAAGCACGAUGACUUGUUCGUGGAGCAUACACUGUCUCUCACAGAGGCUCUUUGUGGCUUCCAGUUUGUGCUGACUCACCUGGACGGCAGACAACUUCUUAUUAAAUCAAAACCUGGAGAAGUUAUCAAACCUGAUCAAUUCAAGGCUAUAGAUGAUGAAGGAAUGCCCAUGUACCAAAGGCCUUUCAUGCGCGGGAAACUGUACAUUCAUUUCACUGUGGAGUUCCCAGAUUCCCUUAGCCCGGAACAGGUUAAGUCAUUGGAAGCAGUCCUUCCACCAAGGCCACAAUCACAGCUGACCGACAUGGAGCUGGAUGAAUGUGAAGAGACAACUAUGCAUGAUGUCAACAUUGAAGAGGAGAUGAGGAGAAGACAAGCAGCUGCUCAGCAAGAGGCAUACGAUGAGGAUGAUGAUAUGCAUGGUGGAGCCCAGCGGGUGCAAUGUGCUCAGCAGUAA